AGAAGAAUCACGUUUCGACGGCGCCGGUGGCAGCCAAACGUGUCAAAGCUCAAAGGUUGGAAAAAACCUCUGUUGUCGAGUCGCAGCGGCUGCCUGUUAAUCAUGUGACGACGACGAAGACUGAGAAGCUGGCUGAACCCCCUGUAAUAAAAAGAAGAGGGAGGAAGCCUGGGCCGAAGCCGGGACCGCGGUCAUCUGUCAAAACAACAGAGCCCUCAGCCGAGACCACCUCUGUCAGACGGUCCUUCAGACAACUGGACAUGGCGCAGGAGAACCUGGCCGGGCAAGUCGGUCACAGACCACAUAGGCACAUGACCAGACUCUCGGAGAAGAAACCUCCCAAACGGAGGGGUAGGAAACCCCGGUGGCUCCUGGAGGGUACGUUCCAGGCCGAGAACAGUGCUCCCCGGAAGGGUCGCCGACCGGGGAGGAAACCACAGCAGAAGACCCAGCAGACACCAGUGGACAAGACCAAUAAGACCUCUCGGUCUGGUGCCACAGUCAAGGAAAGCACAACCAAACAAAAGAAUGCCGUGACCUCCCAAAAUAAAAUGGCGGCCGCUCGUCUAACAGCUCCGAGGGAACAGGAAGGUAAACGUCAGGAGAUUCCUGCUACUAACCACCUACCAGCAGGAUCUCCUGCUCAUGACUCAAAGCUGGAGGUCUCCCUACCUGACAACGAAGUAUUUGGGUUCUUCCAUGAGGAUUAUCUCAGUAGGCAAGGACCGGUGACUCUAAACUGUGAUAAAUCUAAGGCACCAAUCCAGGCACAGUAUCGGGUGAAGGAUAGACUCGGAGAGGUGUUUCUCCUUUCCGCUCAGAACGCCAGUCUCUUCAUACAGCAGUUGCACAACUACUCCCAGACGGGAGAGGCGGAAGGUGUCACGUUGAACACUGAAACCUGUUUGUUGAAAGCGACAGAUGUCCGUCCCUCCCUAAACCCAAGUUGUCUGCCGGUGCCGUGUGACGCUUCGAGGGUAUUUUACCAGACGUCUGCAGUGGAAAUGGAAGUUGAGGUCUCCUCACAAACUGUCACUGCGACCGACAUGACUUCCACACCACAAGGUGGUGCUGUCGAACACAUCGAAAGUCCCAAGAAUGAGGACGGAUUCUCUACCGAUGCUCAGCAGACAUGUAUUCCAUCUGUUCUCUCAGUGAAUGUAAUUGUUCCUAAUAACACAAGAACAACAAAUGCAUAUGUAACUAAUGUUCCAAGAGAACCAACGGAAGUUACGAAUGUUCCAAAAAAGCGAACCGCUUCUGAAGUCGGGGAGAUUCUAGAAUCGUCCAGGAAGUCCGAAGUUACCGAUAUUCUGAAAGAGGCUAUGGAUAUAGCAAACAUUGGUGUGGAUGAAGCAAUGGUGGGGGACGGUGGCACUGGCAGCGUCCCUGGAAAGGAAACUCGGGAGCUUGUUGUUCUUACUCCUUUCUGCUGGCUGGCUAAUACCUCAAUGGAUGCGUUUGCUAGAGAGUUUGAAAAGUUUGCCAAGGGUCCGGAUUCUGAUGUUGUCGCAAAGCAGCAGUCGGUGACACCACAGACCAUAGGUGGUGUCUCGCGCAAAACGUUGGAGACGACAUCGUCAACGGUGACACCACAGACCACAGAUGGUGUCCUCUCCAAGGUUUUUGCGAGACACUGUCAACGUCUCCAAAAGUCAUCCCUACGGCUGUCACAGACCCAGUGGUCCUUGAGGACACUUCAAAAAUAACCAAAGUCACCCCACAGGACACUACAGACAUCCAGGAAAACAUGGACACUCGACACACCCAACUGGACAUUAAAGGUACCUCACAAAACAUGGAGCCGGAGGAUAUCCCAAUGGCCGCUGAGAGCUUCCCACGGCUCACUGAUGAGACCCGGCAGCCUGAGCACCCUCUGAAAGGCACUGUGGGUAGUCUAGAGUUACCUGUGGACUCUACACAGGACAAUGACACCCCUCGGUUCACUGAAGACCCCCCACAGAAUACACAGGACAUAAGACAACUCGCAGAGGACACCCUGAAAGUCACUUUCACUGAGGUCACCCCACAGGCUACUGAGGACCGCACAAAAGCCACGGUGGAUACUCCAGAGGCUGUGGACACACUACCACAGAACAUAGAGGAGGACAGCUCGGAGGGAAUUGUAGACAGCCGGGAAGUCACUGUAGACAGCCGGGAAGUCACUGUAGACAGCCGGGAAGUCACUGUAGACAGCCGGGAAGUCACUGUAGACAGCCGGGAAGUCACUGUAGACAGCCGGGAAGUCACUGUAGACAGCCGGGAAGUCACUGUAGACAGCCGGGAAGUCACUGUAGACAGCCGGGAAGUCACUGUAGACAGCCGGGAAGUCACUGUAGAUACCUCUGAGCACAUUGAGGACGCCCUACAAAUUCAAAACACUGCAGACACCCUACAGUUCACAGUGGAUGCCCCAAUGGUCUCUGAAGAGUUCACCAAGGACACACGUAGUGCCACACAGAACAAUGGGGACACGCCACAGCUCCAUGAGGACACACCGGUCACUGAGGACACCCUAAGAGUCCCUGAAGAGACGUCACAGGAACCCAAAGACACCUCAAAGGUCAGGAGGGAUACCCCGAUGGUCCCUGAGGACACCCUUAAAGUACAUGUGGAUACUCAAAAGGUCCCAGAGGACACCCCACAGAACACACAAGUCAAUGAAGACACCUCAAUGGUUACUGAAGACACCCCACAGGACACACAGUACAAUUCACUGGUCAACCCGAAAGUCACUGAAAGUGCUCACACUCCAAAGGUCACCCCAAGAGUCCCUGAAGACACGUCACAGGACUCCAAAGACCCCUCAAAAGUCACUGAAAACCCUCCACAGGACACCCCAAAAUUUACAAAGGACAACACAACUGUCUCUGGGGAUAUCGGACAAACUCCUGGAGAUGGCACCCCACAGGAAAAUGAGAACAGCCCACUGGCAUAUCGCUGUAGUCUCUGCAACAAGGUUUUCAAAGGCAAACGUGUUAUUGCCCACGCCAUGUACCACUUCCGCAGGGACCAAUGUAUGUUCUGUAGGAUGCUGUUCAAAAACGACCUGCUCGCUAUGAUGCAUCUGUCCCAGCACAUCGACAAGUUGAAAAAAGGAAAUCUACCGCCUGAUAUUGAGGAGGUCCGUGAGAACUGUAAAGCUGGGAUGUCAGACACGCCUGGACGCUCAACGCAGAGGGGGAGACGGGGACGCAAGAGGAUCCCUGUAAACUCCACAGAGUCAACACCUCCGGAUUACAGGAAGCUAAGGUCCACCAAUAGGAUCUCCUCUAUAAACUCCUCGGAGUCAACUCCACCGGAUCGCAGGAAGCUACGGUCUAACCCUAAUCUACUGUCGACCAAUAGGCUCUCAACUGACUCUCAACCUUCACCAGAUACAAAACUCGCAACAGAUGAGUCUGAAGGCAAGCAGUCGACACAGAGGGUCAAUGGACAGAGGGGCAGAAGACGAGUUAAGGUUGAAGGAACUGAGGGUGAUGGUGAUACUCAGGCAGAGGAACAAGAAAAGAUCAGUAGGAGGCAAGAGGAGGAGCACUCGGCUCUGGAACAGAGGGAAGAACCCGUGGAGAUCUCUACUUCUCUGGCGAAGACAUCGAUAGGUGAAAAGGGGGAACCUGCUCCUCUCCUCUGACACAGUUUUUGGAAGAAGAGGAGAAACCCUGUUGCUCGGCAAAGACCAUGGAGGACAACACAGAAUCUCAGGCUGUAUCGGUAACACAGGAUAGGCUUUCAGUUUCACCUCUAGAGACCUCAGUUCAGGGUAAGGAGACUCCCGGCAGCUGCCCUGUGGAGGGAUGCACAGAGAUAUUCACUGGAAAACGGCGUUCUCUCCUCGGACAUAUUCUGGACGAUCACCGCGGCGACGCCAAACCCUUGGAAACGACGUUCCGUCACGGGGAUGGCAAAUGCAAUAUUUGCAAGAAACCCGUUUUGACUUUGCAGCAUUACCAGCACCACAUUUUAUGGCACAAAGGAAUUCCCAGGCAUCCCUGUCUACACGAUGGAUGUGAAGCCCGGUUCAGUGCAGCGACAGAAAUGAGGAACCACGCGAAGACCCAUCAGCCGCUCCUGGCAGUGUGCUGCUUCCCAGGUUGUCGGGAGCGCUUGGCUUGUCUUCCGGAGCUGAACCGCCACGAACUAGAACACUAUCGUCUACCAAAGGAAGGGAAGGAUGAAUCUUGUUUCCUCUACCCUUGUCACCAAUACCACCUCUGUUAACGUGACUAAACCGUGUAAGACUGGGAGGAAUAAGCUACGGAAGAUGCAGGGUGUUAAGAGACGAUGGCCUCUUAGAGAAAAGGAGGGAUCGGCAACUGACCUCACUACUACGGCAACCAGGAAGUAUGACUUGACCAAGACAUUAAAGAAAACACAGGUCGCGAAGAAACGGCAUGUUCCUGGAGACAAGGAUCCUCGUACUACUGACCCCUCUACCGCCUCUGUAAAGGUAACAAAUAGGUUGAGGAAAUUGCAGGUUAAGAGGAAAUGGUGUGUUGGUAAGAAAAUGGACGCUCCAAACACUCCCGUCACCACGUCCAAUGAAAAAGCUGAGCAAGCGAGCAAGAAGUUAAAGAUGAUUCAUAAGGUAAAGAAAGCGUGGGCUGUAAAGAGACAGAACGUUAGCCAAGACAAUUAUACCCCAACUGGUC